AGGGGUUAAAACUCGUGUUUCCGGUUCCGGGACAAUAAUCUCAAAAGUAGGUGAAAUGUUGACCAGACUAUCACGGUUCGGGCCCACUGUGCCUCGGUUACUGUCCUGUCCACCGACUCGGUUCGUCUCCCAGUCGAAACCGACCGGUGCCGCUGGUUCGACUGCUGUGACGGAGCUGCACCCUGCCGCGGAGCAGGCUGGACACGGUGAGGUCAGCCCAUACGUCAAGAAUCCAGAUUACCAUGGCUUCUCGAGUGACCCUGUGGUGGAUGAGUGGAACAUGAGGGUGGGAUUCUUCUUUGGCAUCUCAGUGGCUCUAGUUAUCGGAGGAACAUUUAUCCACUAUUUGCCAGACCAUGGCAUGCGUCAGUGGGCAAGAAGGGAGGCUGAGCGUUUGAUCAAGCAGAGAGAGGAGGAGGGACUUCCUCUCAUCAACGAGAACUACUACGACACAAACAACAUUGUUCUCACCCCUGCUGGAGAGGAGUAGGCCCUGCUAACACCCACCUACUGGAUUUCAUGAUUAUUGUAUUUCACUAUGACAGAAUAAAUUAUGUAGUUGUUAAA